AUGCUGAAUCUGAUCGUCUGCACGCUGCUCCUCGCGAUCGCUCCAGUCCGUGGUGAGCAAUCUACGUCUACCAGUUUUCACUAUCGCCCUGGGUUCUUUGUCCAGGGAGAUUCAAGUCAAGUGGUUCCAACGACGAACCUGCCUCGCAUGGGGUUAGUCGAAGGGAAGACCUGGCACGACGUCCAGGCUGAGAUCGACGCAAAACAACGAGAAGGAGUUGAAGUGAAGCUCAUCGUCUUCUUACGUCAUGGAGAAGGUAUCCACAACGUCGCGAUUGCGCAGUAUGGUGCAGCAUGGGACACUGUUGGCAGGGACCCAAAGUUCACGGAUGCCCCCCUGACAGCUCUGGGCAUGCAGCAAGCAGGAGCAGCUUCAGUCGUGCUCAAUGCUGCAGUUGCGGACGGUCUCCACCUCCAACACGUGGUGAUUUCACCGCUGGAGCGGACGCUGCGUACGUUUACCAUUGCGUAUCAGAACCAGACUGCUGGCAUCACGAAAGAGCCCAUGGAGUUGGCUCGAGAGAUACUGGGUGUGUUUACGUGUGACAAGCGUCGGAGCAUCUCGGAGAAACGAAUGGAAUACCCCGAGGUGGACUUCAGUAGCAUCGCGUCGAAUGAAGAUCCGUGGUGGAGAGCCGACCAUCGCGAAACAGACGCCGAGAUGAAAGUCCGCGCAACCAAGUUGCUGGAGCUUAUCUUUGACACUACGACAGCUCAAACCGUCGGUGUGGUGUCGCACAGCGUGUUUGGAGCGGCGCUGCUGCGAGCGAUUGGACACCAUGAAUACGCUCUUGACACGGCCACGUUUCUACCACUGCUCAUUGAACGGGUCAAGACCGACUAA